UGUGAAAUAACCAGGACGUCUCACUUGGCAUUUAAUUUGAACCAAACACUAGUCAUCUUUUGUGCUGGUAUUGUUGCAGUUAGAAUAAACCGAUAGUAGAGAGCAAAACAUUUGUUUGAAUGGAUUAGAAAUGUCCGAUUCAGAUACGUCGGAUUCUGAUUCAGGGAUACGCUUCAAAACGACAUCGACCCGUUACAAACCGGAAAGGAUCGAGAAACAUUCAUCGUCGUCCAAAUCCAGUCGCUCGACUAGUUCCACUAACAGACGGAGUCGUGACCGAGACCGUGAUCGGGGCCGAGACAAGCGGAGAAGUAGCGUGGACCGAAAAUACAGCCAUCGCAGCAGGAGCAGAAGUCGCAGUCGAAGCAGAGACCGCCGAAAACGCAGAGAAAGAGACCGACGAAGGCAUCGCAGCAGAAGUAGAUCUCGAUCGAGGUCGAAGCAAUCUCCGCGCGGAAAACAAGAGCGGGAAAAAUCAAGUGUGGAAAAUAGAAACAAUAGCCGGGAAUCUUCCAAACCAUAUUCAAAGCCAUGUAGCUCGUCUGGAGUGGAACCAUCCAAAAUAGAAUCUGGGAAAAUUUUGGACAUUUCUGUGUCUUCUCUAUCUUCCCAGGAAGAAGCUGUUGAAAAAGAUGAAGCCCCAGUGAAUUAUUUUGGCCCAGUCCCUCCCCCUGUGCUGCAUCAGCAAGCAAAAGAUGAUACAAAUCUAGCUACUGAAGAGAUGACUGACACAAUUGGACCCGCUCUUCCACCUCAUCUGAUCAUGAGUAAUCAGGAAGAAGAUAAUAAUGCACGCGUAAUCGGUCCUACACUGCCAGCUAAUUUGAAGCUAACGACAAAGGUAAACGAAAGCUCCGAAUCGGAGCUUUCACCGUUUUCGGAAGAAGAACCAUCAGGUGCAGAGGAAGAUGACGAUUUCAUCGGUCCCAUGCCGGGUGCCUCCAGUUCACGAUCUCAACUAGAGCUAGAACAACGGGCUCUUGAACUGAAACUGCGGCAGUUCGACGCUGAUCGGUACGAUUCAAAAGCUGCCGGUGUAAAAUCUCGAGAGGAUUGGAUGAUAGAAUUGCCCGACAUACGAAAGGUAAGUGAUAUGGGCCUAGGAGCUAGACAAUUUCGAACGCGUGAAAAGCAAGAAAUUGGCGAUCGUUCCGUGUGGACUGAUACACCGUCCGAUCGAGAACGUAAAAAGACUACCGGUCAUUCGUCGAAAGAUAUGACUCGUGAUCGCGAACUAGAAGAAGAACGCAGAACAGCAGCCGAACGAGACAAACAGCAGGAGGAAAUGAUCAAACGACACAAGAAAAAGCAUAAACGUGACAAAUCCCUACUCGAAUUGCAUCAGAAAAAGGAAAAGGAGAAGGCCGAAUCCGACGAACCCACUCGCCGACCGUUCGAUCGCAACGUUGAUCUGCAAGCCAAUCGAUUCGAUGAGGCCCAGAAGAAAGCCAUCGUCAAAAAGGCACAGCUUUUGGAUACGCGGUUUUCAAGCGGGGCAUCCAAGUAUUUAUAGGCCAGUGAGCAGAGGACGGUUGCUACCACUAUACCACACGAUCGACUGAUUACUAAUUAACCAAUCGUAAUCGGCAAACUUUAUGUUCAUUUUAGCUGUAUAAAAUUAAGUGUUUUCUUAUUGCAAACAUUUCCGCUAGUAUAAGAUAGUUAAGAAUCAGUUAUCGAGUUGUCCAAGUUGAAUGGAGGUGCAUCAUUUUUUAAUCGUUGUGUUUAUAACAAUACCAUAUGUUCACCUUGGAACCGCUAUGAUUAAAUAUCUGAUGCCCCUUUUUACAUAUUUGAUGAUUGGCAACUUAUCCAUACUAUUAUUAGUAGUAGGUACCUACGACAUUGAGAAACAGAGUAAAAUUUCAUACAAGCUUCAAUGAGUAG